GAACAAGAGACAAGACAGAUGCAACAAAAAUCCCAAAAACAAAUACAAAGAGGUAGCCUGCAAACUGACAAGCUAAAGUGUUCAACCGUUGCCGCUGAUGGCGGUAGAGGAAAACUGCUACAACAACAAACACAGCAACAACAGUCGCUCAUGAGUAUCAGCAGCAGCUGUCUGCCACUUGUCAAGGAAGAACAAUUGGCUUGCGCUAUACAUAUGGACUCGGGCACCGCUGCGCUGAUUGACAAACACCUCGCCGCCAUUUAUCCUGUCUAUAUGGCGUGCACACGCUCGAUUCUAAUUCGGCAAGCGCGCGACUUACUUGUCUGUUCAUAUCUCGGCUGCUUGCAGUCGUUCGAAAUGGAAUUCCUAUGCAAAUUUGCCGAAAUUGCUGCUGAGCUGCGGCAACGGCAUGCCGUCGGUGUGGUGAGUAAUGCACUUUGAUUACUUUUCUCAAUACAUGCAAACAAAUACAAAUCUACUAGAUAUGUGUUUGGGGAUUCUUGACAUAAGCGCAACACUAAAGUUAAAUAAUUGACAUAACAGCUGUUGUGAUUGGGUAAUCUUGCCAAAAUAGA